AUGGCCGCUGAAACAGAGACUGCCUCCAAGGUCGUAGCCUCAAAGAAUGUGGAGGCUAGGGACCAGGAGAUACAUACAUCUGAUGAUCUGGCUCUGGCAUUGGAGAAGCUCCAGACCAAGCCUCUCUGGACGCAGAUGGCGAAGCUCAACCCACCUCUUCCGAACCCCAGCUGCGUGCCACACAUCUGGCGCUAUGACCAGAUCCGGCCCAGUCUGUUGAAAGCCGGCGAGCUGGUUAGUGAGAGCCAAGCCGAGCGGGGAGUGUUGAUGUUGGUGAACCCGGCUCGAGAAGCCCCUUACACAACCGACACUAUAUACGCAGGCCUGCAACUGGUAAUGCCCAACGAGGUUGCACAAGCGCAUCGACACACGGCAUUCGCCAUGCGAUUCAUCAUUGAAGGCCAGGGCGGCUUUACCGCGGUACAUGGGCAGCGCAUCAGUAUGCAGCGUGGCGAUGUGAUUUUGACUCCGCGGUGGAACUGGCAUGACCACGGAAAGGAUGGCUCAGGUCCUAUGAUCUGGCUGGAUGGACUCGAUCUGCCUAAUUUUCGGCAUUUCCCCGUCCACUUUGUCGAGCAUUAUCACCACCCUCGGUAUCCGGCCGAUGAUGUAGACUCUAACACGUCGCCCAUUGUCUUCCCCUGGGCGAAGAUGAAGCAGGCCCUUGACGACACUCCAGGCGAUUGGGCAUCGGAGGACUACUUGAAGAAUGAUGGUCGACCAGUCUCCAAAGUCCUGGGAGGGUCCGCUGAGCGACUCGGAGUUGGGCAGAUGUCGCCAGGCAUCCAAGAAACGGCCUCUUCGGUCUACCAUGUUGUGUCCGGAAAGGGUUAUUCCAUUAUUGGGGAUAGUCGCAUUACCUGGGGGCCUGGAGACACCUUCUGCAUUCCCUCUUGGCACCGAUACCAGCAUUUUGCGGAUGCUGUAGAGGAUGUCUACCUGUAUCGCUUCCAUGACAAGCCAAUGCUGGACGCUCUGGGAUUCUACCGCGUGGAGGGUGUUGAUAUCGAACCUCUGGUGUCUGGUUAA